AUGUCGGAGUUCCUGGUGAAUCUUCUCGGGGAGCGGCUCGUCAACAGUGAGAAAGCCGAAGUGGACGUACAGGCGCUGGGUUCGAAGCUUUCUCUGCUCGGCUUGUUCUUUGGAUGCAGCCUGAACGCCCCGUGUAAGCAGUUCAAUGGCAGUCUAUGCGAGUUUUACACCCGGUUUAAAAAGACCUCAGAACACAAGGACAAACUGGAAAUCGUCUUCGUUUCGUCUGAUCAAGACCAGAAACAUUGGCAGGACUUUUUGCAAGAGAUGCCAUGGCCCGCGUUACCUUUCAAGGAUCGGCACAAAAAGAUGAAGCUUUGGAACAAGUACAAAGUAACGAGUAUCCCAUCUCUGGUGUUUGUGGAUGCACUGACUGGAAAGGUGGUUUGUCGAAAUGGGCUUCUGGUGGUCAGAGAUGAUCCGAAAGGCUUAGAGUUUCCCUGGGGGCCGAAGCCAUUUGCAGAGGUGGUGGCAGGGCCUCUGCUCAGGAACGACAGGCAGACCGCAGACAGCAGCUCUCUGGAGGGGCACUAUGUGGGCGUGUACUUCUCAGCUCAUUGGUGUCCACCAUGUCGUGGUCUGACUCGGGUUUUGGUUGAAUCGUACAGAAUUAUCAAAGAGUCUGGAAAGAAAUUUGAGAUUGUUUUCGUCAGUGCUGACAGGUCAGAGGAGUCUUUUCAGCAAUACUUCAGUGAGAUGCCUUGGCUCGCGGUGCCAUACUCGGAUGAGGCCAGGCGAUCACGGCUCAAUAGACUUUACGGAAUACAAGGUAUCCCCACCCUGAUCCUAUUGGACACAGAAGGUCACAUGAUCACACGACAGGGCCGAGUGGAGGUUUUAAACGAUCCGGAGUGCCGCCUGUUCCCUUGGCACCCUCGGCCCGUCCUGGAGCUCAGCGAGUCCAAUGCGGUGCAGCUUCACGAGGGGCCCUGUCUUGUGUUGUUUGUGGAUGCCGAAGAAGAUGGAGAGUUGGAGCCUGCCAAGGAGUUGAUCCAGCCAAUAGCAGAGAAACUUAUGGCUAAGUACAAAGCCAAGGAGGAGGAGAUGCCGUUUCUAUUCUUUGUUGCUGGAGAGGACGACAUGACUGACUCUUUGCGGGAUUACACCAACCUCCCUGAAGCCGCUCCUCUGCUCACAAUCCUGGACAUGUCGGCCCGGGCAAAGUACGUGCUGGACGUGGAGGAGAUUACACCAGCCAUUGUGGAGCAGUUUGUUAAUGACUUUUUGGCUGAAAAACUCAAACCAGAGCCAAUCUAG